UGGGGUGCCCCGCAGUGGGGAGAGCCUUCCCCAGCCGGGACAGCAGGUGUGUGCUGGCUUCCUGCCUGUGGGGUGGACCAGGCUGACUGCCCCACCAGGUCAGGCCAAUCAGAAACUUGCUUGAAGUCCCGCCCAGAAGGGACAGGCUGGGUAGGAGCCCGGCCUUGUCCCCCGCCACGCUGGCUCUGAGCUGGCCUCACCUGGCACCGGCCUCCACCUGCGGACGCCUGGCACAGGUCCUGUGGGGCACCAUGGACGCCCGAGGAAGACCAAAGUGCCCCCCGCUGCUGCAGCCCAGCGUCUUUGUGCUGAUCCUGCUCCUGGUCCUGUUUGGCUAUGGGUUCCUGAGUUCCAGAAGCCAGCUACCAGCGGAUGUGGGAGCCGAGCCUUGCGUGGCUCUUGGGGACCCCGGCGGCCAGCCCGUGGUGGCCUUGUCCAGGAUGUUGUACCCACAACCAAAAGCGUUGGCUCCCACGAGGGCUGAUGUCCUUGUCCUCACCCCCUGGCUGGCGCCCGUCAUCUGGGAGGGGACCUUCAACAUCGAGCUUCUCAACGCGCAGUUCCAGCAGCAGAACCUGACUGUGGGGCUGACCGUGUUUGCCGUCAAGAAAUAUGUGGUCUUCCUGAAGCUGUUCCUGGAGACGGCAGAGCAGCACUUCAUGGUGGGCCACCGUGUCACCUACUACGUCCUCACCGACCGGCCAGCCGACGUGCCCGACGUGCCGCUUGGGGCUGGCCGGCGCCUGGUGGUGCUGGAGGUGUCGAGCCACGCACGCUGGCAGGACGUGUCCAUGCACCGCAUGGAGGCCAUCGGCCGCUUCUCAGAGCAGCGCUUCCGCCACGAGGUGGACUACCUGGUGUGUGCCGACGUGGACAUGCAGUUCAGGGACCACGUGGGCGUGGAGAUCCUGACCCCGCUCUUCGGCACCCUGCACCCCAGCUUCUACAGAGCGAGCCGCGACGCCUUCACCUACGAGCGGCGGCCGCAGUCCCAGGCCUACAUUCCCCGCGGCCAGGGCGACUUCUACUAUAUGGGAGCCUUGUUCGGGGGCUCGGUGGCCGAGGUGCAAAGGCUGGCCAGCGCCUGCCACCAGGCCAUGCUGCUGGACAAGGCCAGUGGCAUCGAGGCCGUGUGGCAUGACGAGAGCCACCUGAACAAGUACCUGCUCUACCACAAGCCCACCAAGGUGCUGUCCCCCGAGUACCUGUGGGACGAGCGGCUGCUGGGCUGGCCGCCAGUCAUGAAGAAGCUGCGGUUUGUGGCUGUGCCCAAGAAUCACCAGGCCAUCCGGAACCCGUGACACCUGCCCACUGCCCUGGCUGUGCUGUGUGGUUGAGGGUCCCGGGAGCAAGGCUACAGGGAGAGGCUGACACUCAGGUGCCCAGCUCCAGCUCAGGCUGGCGGCCCUCACACGGCCUAGUGCCUGUCAUGCCCUUGGCCAGCACGGGGGUUAGGAGUCGUUUCUACUCUUCUGACUCCUAGUGGAAGCAUUUUG